AAACUCUUCAAAGGAUGUACUACAGGUCCUUUCCAUUGAUUUUCCAUGGAAAACGAGCACACAAAGAGAAUUAGAAAAACAACAUUUGACAGUUAAUAAGGAUAUGAUAAUGACAAAUGACGAAAGUAAAUGACAAAAUACCUAGCAAAGGAAACGAGAAGUUUUUCCCAAAGAGUAGACACAGAAUUGCAGCAGAAAAAUAAAUGAAAAUAUAUAUUUUUAUCAACAAAGAAUUUAAGUGAAAAUUUAGAAUGAAAUAAAAAUGAAUGAAAAAUAAAUAUGAUUAUGUGUGUAGUUAGUAAAGAAACUGAGAUUUAUUAAAACAAUCGUAAUUCAAUAUUUUACCUAACACAAGGAAGUGAAAUAAAUGUUAUAUAUUGAAGUGUUUUUUGUAUAAACAUUUUUAUAUUGUUUGUGUUCAACUUUUGUAAAUCUUUAUUGGUUUUUAAAGAAUUCAUGGAAAAUUAUUUGUAGCGUUUGGAAAAAUUUAUAUGUUUCAAGGAUAUUCUGCAACCUACCCCACUUUUAUAUAUGUUUGUGUGUGUGUGCGUGAGUGUGUUUUGCUGUUUUAUUGUGAUCCCAAUAAGAAAGGAAUUGCAUUUUGCCACCUAGGAUAAGGGAAAUACAUCAAGCAACAAACCAACAUUAAAUCUCGACGUCCUGCAGUUAUUUUACAUUGUCUUCUUGGCACGUCCACACGACAUUAAAAAAGGACCUCACACCAAAACCAUUUUGGAGUCUGCUUAUUAUUUAAUCGAUAUUUAACUUCAUUCUGGAAUAAUUUAACGUUGCUAAGGAAAUCUGUGGCCCACCCCGCUCACCUACAUUUCGAAGGCCCAACAUAUGUUUGUCUAACUUGCCCCUCCCCAGCUGUUUAAAGUUAAAUCUCUUGGACCCCUUCAAAUAUGUAUAAAACCAUACGACACGGUGAAAAUAGCCUCCAAUAUACCAUUCUACCACAAAAUGAUGAUUUCCGCCUUGAGGGUAAAAUCAAAUCGGCCGGCUCGAAAAAAUCAAAAAAUAAAAAACCUCGCCGAAGAUCUUUUUUUGCCUAUUUAGGUUUACUGUUUGUGUGUACGGUCAUAGUAGGAGCUGUUUUGGUGCCAUUUUUGGUAUCUGCCGGUUUGCCCAAUCCAACAGAAUGGUUUCAAAAGACCAAGGCAGCCUUCAGCCGGGUUUCCAUGCCCAGCUCAAGCACCGUAACAAACAAGGAACACAAGGAAAAUGGUCCCAUCAACUCACAGCAUACGGGAAGUGCUUUGGCCAAUGCCAUGCUAAACAAGGGCAAUCUGAUGGCUUUGAACAAAGCCAAUGUGGGUAAACCGGUGAAAAUUAUCAACAAGGAUGGGGUGGAGAAGAUUAUUUUGAAGUUAAAUAAGACCAGUCUCCAGGCAGCUGAUGCUAAUCUUGAAAACAAGGAAAUCACAAUGGCCCCCAUGCCAGAGAGUGCCAUUGGCACAACAUUGAAGGAAGAUUCCAAUCAAAAAAUCACCAUUCAUGAUUUGGGGGAAAUAACCAACCAACCAAUUACCACCGUCCAGACGCAAGUUAUCAAGCAGGAAACAACUAGCAAGCCUAUGGCAACAACUGCUACAGCAGAGGUAGUACUUGCCAGUACAACAAGCCCUGCACUUAAUAGGUCAAUCAUCUUAAACUCCGUACCCAAUGUACCCAGGGCCUCUUUGCAAUCUUCAUUGAAUCAAAGCAACAAUUCCACAUCAUCAUCAUCAUCGUCCUCUUCUUCAACCCAACCCACAAUGACCACACGCAUCAUGCAGGUACCAUUGCUUAAAUCUACAGCCAAGAAACCGGCCAUACCACCAGUUUUAGUGAAAAAUCUUUCACCUAUACAACCUACACCUGAAACCAAUAACUACAACAACAACAAUUUGAAUGAUAUCAUUCCCUCCAAAACGCUAACAGCCAAUAAUAAAAUGUCUAACACAAUGACAGCGUCUACUACUACUGGACAAGAUUCUGAUUGGAUUCACACUCAUUGGCCCUACAUAGAUCCAUCCACAUAUUUUCAAUGGAAUGGUUAUAAAACCGAGGAUAGCGUGCUAUUGCCAGCCUUAUUGGGUUUCGCUUUAAUUGGUGUCAUUCUCAUCAUAACGGUCUGUUUGGUGGCACGCAACAAGAGGACCAUUGUCACUUCGGUUCGAAAGAGGAAUCGUAAUGAUAUUGAAGAAACUGGCGGCGAGGAUAAUACCACCUUACUAACCAAUACCAAUUUAUCAGAUGAAGAUUAAAUCAAGUUCCAGCAGUGGAGAGAAAAAUCGUAAGAAAAAAACUGCAAUCAAUAUUUUUUUUAAUUCACGCAAAAAAUGAAGCAAAAAAAUAAUUUAAUGGAAAUUUUUGUUAAUUUUGAAUGAGCUUCACGUUUAAAGCAAAGACUUUACUUUUAAUUUUUUUUAUAAAAAAAAGUAAGCGAGAAUUAUAUUUCCUGUAUUAUUUUCAAACCACAGAGAGCUGCAUUAUUAUUAAAACCUAACUUAUACAUGAACAACAAUUAUCAUUGACAAGAAAAAAUAAUAAUAAAAAACGCUUAUUUAACAAAAACGAGAACAGCUCAUAUUAAGCAACAACAAUAACACAAAAAAAAAACAUUAAA